CAAUUAUCGCCACUCUGCGCCGAAAUGGAAGAUGCGUGGAUCAACAGGACUCCUUUCGAGGACAACAAUCCUUUCCCACUGGCCGUCUGGAAUGGUUGUGCAGCCACUCGAAUCUCCUUCCCAGAGGCCUUCACAAUGUGCAACCAGGGUUCGCCGUGGAGGAGCGACGACGAGGAUCCCGCCAGUUGGUCGUCGGUUGAGGACGAUCAGAGUCCGUGGGCAACGCCAGGUGAGUAACUUCUUGUAAGAGCCGCGUCGUUGAGAUUGAGAUUGAGCAUUGUCAUCCAUAAUUCGCACCCCCUCGUCCCCUUCGAUAAAUCUUCAGUUGUAUCUUUGUCGUGCAUUGUUUCUUUGGCAGGGAAAGAGAGAAACAAAGGGCGAGGCUCGCUCAGGUCCCUCGAGAGUCAAGACCCGCUAGCUUUGCCGCACCCGCCCAGCUCUAGAGCUCGCCCGCCCUGUACAUUCCCUGGCAUCAAAUGGCUUCGAUUUUUGGAGCGCGAGCUCUAGCAUCGCAGGAUGCUGUUGCUGUGGCUUCCAUCCGUGCUAAUAGACGAAUAGCAGACCCCAGCGACGACGAGCCCUUCAGUACUGGGAUUACGAACCGCGUGUCGAAUGGCGACGACGAGCCUGGCGAGAGGCGACCCGAACUCGCGCAUCAUCUGCAGAACGAUAGCUCCAUCCUCACCCUCGCCGUCGGGGAGCACUUUAUAUAUGCAGGCACACAGGAUGGGGAUAUCCUGGUCUGGUCUUUGGCUUCGUUUGAGCUGAUCAAUCGAAUUCAAGCACAUACACGCGCGGUACUCUGCCUGUUCCUCUCCGCAGAUGGCCAACUCCUCUUCUCCAGCGCUGGAGAUGCAAUUGUCAAUGCGUGGUGCCCGAACAGUCUGAAAUUAUUAUAUCACAUUUACAGCACGUACGAUGUCGGCGACGUCUUCAGCGUGGUGUAUUCGGCGCAGUUUGAGACGGUAUAUAUGGGGGCGCAAAACACGAGCAUACAAUGGUGUAGUUUGAAGGACUCUGCCUCAAGACCGACGCCCAAUCCGGAGCGACAUCCUGAUCGGAGGAACCAUAGGUUCUUCGACUCAGCGCAGGCGGGUGGAACUUCAACGCCGAGACCCCAAAUUACGAGGAUUCCCGUAGAUGAUGGGAACGUUCUGGAGAUUGACAAGGCGCAUAUGAUUCAGUAUGCCCAUUUUGGAUACGUUUAUUGCAUGCUGUUGGUCCGAUCUGUUAGUCGAUUGGUGGACUCCGAGGAUGAUAUGCUGAUCUCUGGUGGAGGGGAUGGGACAAUUAAGCUUUGGAAGCUCUCCCACGAUCAAAACCAAGGUAUUCAGGAGGUCGCGUGUCUUGGUGAGGAUGAUGCCGAGUCCGUGUUGUCGAUGGCACUGGAUGGCUCGUUCCUGUACAGCAGCAAGCUUGAAGGGGUCAUUGAGCUGUGGGAUCUGGAUACCAAACAGAAGCUCCGGGUUAUAAGGGCGCAUAAAGGGGACGUCAUGACAUUGCAAAUGGGCUGGGGAUAUCUAUGGAGUGCGGGGUCCACUGGAUAUGCGAGAAAAUACAGCACGGUACAGUACGGCAAAUACAGAAGCUCCUCGUCGAACUUCAACCAAAAGUACCAAUGCGUCACUCGAUGGAAGGCCCACGAAGGUCGUAUUCUGGCAUCGGCAGUCACCACAUACAACAAUCAGCAGCUAUACAUCACAGGCGCCAACGAUAACUCGGUUUCGAUUUGGAAUAUCACGGGUUGUCAUCCGGGUUCUUAUAGCAAUACAGAGGUUCUUGACAACCAGCUGAUCAAAUCGCUGCAAGAGUUCGUUUCGUUCAAGACUAUCUCUUCGAGGCCAGAUCAUGCGGAGGAUUGUCGACGUGGUGCAACUUUCCUGCGGACCUUAUUCAAGAAGCAUGGUGCGCAGACCGAGAUGUUGAACACAGAGAAUCAACAUAAUCCCGUAGUGUAUGCCAAAUUCAAGGGCAAUCCAGCAACAGCAGGGAAAAGGAAGAAGAUCCUGUUUUAUGGUCACUAUGACGUUGUUCCCGCCGAUGAUAAGCAAGGCAAAUGGAUCGUCGACCCAUUCCAAAUGAGAGGAAUAAAUGGCUACUUGUACGGCCGAGGGGUUUCCGACAACAAAGGGCCAAUCAUGGCUGCCCUCUACGGGGUCGUAGACCUCGUCCACAAGAAAGAGCUCGACUCCGACAUCACGUUCCUCAUUGAAGGGGAAGAAGAAUCUGGUUCUCGCGGCUUCAAAGAAGCUGUACGCCGACAUAAAGACCUGAUCGGUGAAAUCGAUUAUAUAAUAUUGGCCAACAGUUAUUGGCUUGACGAUGAAGUUCCUUGUCUGACCUAUGGCCUGAGAGGUGUUUUGCAUGCUACGGUGAAAGUGGAUAGCAAUCAUCCCGAUGUCCAUUCAGGUGUAGAUGGAAGCUUUAUGAUGGACGAACCGCUCUUCGAUCUCACUGCUAUUCUAGCCAAACUCAAAGGCUUACAUAACCGUAUCCAAAUCCCUGGCUUCUACGACGAUAUCCUGCCCCUGACACCCGCGGAAGAAGAACGCUACGACGAUAUUACUGAAAUGUUGAUUCGACGCAAUCCUUCUCUUGGUCCAGCCGAAACCUUGAAGGCAUCCCUCAUGGCGCGUUGGCGAGAACCCAACCUCACAAUUCACAGAUAUAAAGUCUCAGGACCCGACGGCUCACUAGUCUCAAGCCAUGCCAGCGCCGCCAUUUCAGUCCGUCUCGUCCCUAAUCAAGAAGUAGAUGAUGUGAUCAAAUCCCUCACCACCUUCCUGAACGACGCCUUCGCUACCCUUGAUACGCAUAAUCGCUUGUCGAUAACAGUCGACAACCAAGCAGACGCAUGGCUUGGUGAUCCAGACAACGAGAUAUUCCGCACGCUCGAGGAAGCGGUCAUGGAGGUCUGGGGCCCGAUUGGCGAAGGCACCGGAAGAGCGAGUGUCCCUAGCGUUCGGAGCAAGGAGGAAAAGAAACCGACCCCGACCAAGAGCCCUAGCUUGAAACCGAACCCUACCACCACGUCGACGUUGACGAUGGGAAGCGAUUAUAUGUCGUUGGCUAGCGCGAUGCAUCCGCCUCAGCAGACCGAUCCAUCUAAUCCUUCCCAACCCACUCUCCCUAUCCGAAGCACCUCAGAAUCGUCCGCAACUGAUUCCGUCCCCACCCUUUCGAAUGGUUCCGCUACCACCAAACCCAGAGGCCGCAAGCCCCUCUACAUUCGUGAAGGUGGUUCGAUCCCCUCAAUCAGGUUCCUCGAAAAGGAAUUCAAUGCGCCGGCAGCACAUCUCCCUUGUGGACAAGCGAGCGACGCCGCCCAUCUGGAUAAUGAGAGAUUCAGGGUCAGUAAUCUGAUGAAGAGCCGGGAGAUCUUCGGGAAGGUCUUCGGACGCUUGGGGAGCCGAUAGGUAGUUGGAGUG